AUGUCUUGGGUCCGGUUGUUUCAACUUCAUUGUCGCGGUUACAGGGUCAUCUACGGUACGCCGCCUCCUGCUGAGACCGAUCCUACGUAUGAUUCGUGGAUGGAAAUCGAUCCCAUCGUCCUCCAAUGGAUCUAUGGUACUUUAUCAGAUGACUUGCUUGGUCGUGUUCUCUUUGGCACACCCACUGCGCAUCAAGUGUGGACCCGUGUUCAGAAUUUGUUUCACAACAAUAAAGGAGCGCGGAUCGCUGCCUUAGAACAUGACUUUGCAAAUAUUACCCUUAAGUCCCAACCCUCCUUGGAAGCAUACUUUCAGAAGUUGCGAGAAAUUGUUGAUCAACUGAAUGAUCUCUUUGACACACCCAUUGGUUACAAGCGCCUGGUGUUACAAAUGGUGCGGAGUUUACCUACCGAGUUCGACACCAAGGGCUCGAUCAUCAAUCAAGCUCUCCCGCUUUGGGAAGAAGCUUGUGAGAUGUUACUUAAUGACCAGAAAUGUCGCACUGCUCGCGACCUUCUUCACGGGUCUUCAGUCGUUGCUUCCGCCCAAACAAACCCACGUGAACCACCCGCUUCCGCCCCUACCUAG